AUGGACGAGCCCGGCGCCGACGGCGCCCCGCCGCUGCAGCCGCACCCCAACCCUGUCCGCCAGAUCCACACGUGGUGCAAACGCGCCAAGGCGGAGGCCCCCGAGUUUGAGGUCGUGCGCGUGGCCUGCCCCGACGACCCCCUGAUCCCCGAGACGCCCGGAUUCAUAUGCAACCUGAAGGUCCCGGGGACACUGGAUGAAGACACCGGGGAGAGGAUAGAGGACCUGGAGGUUCAAGGGGAGGGCGCCUCGUACGGCGAGGCCAAGGCCGCGGCCGCCACAGUUGCCGCGGAGCUGCUGUCGCGCACCGCGCUCUGGCGGUCGCGCAUGGUGGACCUGGAGCCUGCCCCCAGCCUGUGGGGGACCGUGGCGCUGGCCCUCAGCGACCAGGGACUGCACAAGGACCUCGAGCUCAGGACCUUCACCCUGCUGAGUCAGCAGUCCCAGCCCGCGUCCUCCUCGACCCCAGAGGCCGCGCGCGCGACGCUGCCCGUGACCCUGCUGACGCACGCCAAGCUGGUGGGGCGGUGGUUCAGGACGCACUGCCAGGCGGCCGCGGGGGACCCCCACUUGAUGCUGGGGGAGCUGAUAAAGCGGAGGGCCGAGGAGGCGGAGGGCAGCGACGACGCACUGCUGGAGGCGGGCCUGGUCCUGGUGGAGGGCGGCCUGUGCGUGCAGCGGCUGGCGGCCUAUUUCCCGCCCUCUGAGCAGUACACCGUGGAGACAGAGGUGUGGGACCCAAACCCCGUGGCCGUUAAGAUUCCCGCAGAUCCAUGCCUUGAGGUGGAGGAGCUGCCCCUGGACCCUGGAGCAGGGGACAUACUGGGACAGAUGGCGCGACUGCUGGGGGCGCCGUCGGUGGGCCGCCUGGUGCUGUGGGGCCGUGUCGGCUGCAAGGCGUCCUGGCUGGCAGGCAGCGAGAGGGAGGCGGCGGCGGCGGCAGGUGGGCGCACGGCCGCGCGCAUCGUGGAUGGGUCCCCCGUGUGCACUGUAGGUGGGCGGCCGUAG